CUAGCCAUCUGGUCUGUGCAAAACUGAAUUAUAAUCCAACGGUUAGCUAUUUGAGGGGUGACCAUUGGCCAUCGCAUCUGAACCUUGAAAUGUCGAAUGCUUAUGUCCGAGGAUUCAUAAAAAACCUAUGCUACCACCCCCACUUUCUUUACAACACAUUUCCACUGAAGCCGUUCUGCGUGGAUCCAUGUCCACUGUGUCAGGCCGUAAAGUCUUCACUGGUCAGCUUCAUACCGAUACCUUGGUUGCAGAUGGAGUCGAUGCAAUCAACGUUCAAAGCUUGGCAACUGACUUCAGCACUAUGGCGUUCCUAGACGGAGUCAAAGAAAUUGAACAUUUCUCAUCAGAGGAAUGUUAUAUCGAGCUGCUCGGUGGAUUGACAUUGCAAGAGUACCAGAACGUCUCCUUCAACGCUAUAGUGGAGAGCACUGUAAAUACGCACAACCCGCAAACUCUGGAGUAUUUGUUUCUGCCGGAUAUAAAAGUUGAACAUUUCCGAGCAGCGCUGAUCAAUGGAGUUAACGCAGAAGAUUUCAUAACCGAAAUAGAUAAUUUUACGUAUCGUGUAGAUCCCUUCGCGGCGCAAUUUAAAAUCGAUAACCUCAUUGUUAAGAAAAACGUGAUUUCCACCAGCCAAAUGUUCAUGGACUAUUUGAACACAAUCGCUGUGAAGGAAUAUUUCAAACUGCUGACCCUAAAGGGUGAUAGUGACAAAGCGCAGCAGUGGGAAAUCGGAGGCAGCAAAACCUUGCAGAAAGGCAUGGCCGUCGAUGGAAAAUUGAAUGUGGUUCACGUAAAUCGGCUAAUCCUAGUUAACAUACUCUAUAAUUCUGCCAGGAAAACAGGUCCUAUGAAUAUUGCGGGAUUAUGGAACAUAACGAAACUGGCGACGAAGUACUUGGCGACCAAACAAAUAAACGAUCUACCAAUAAAACAUUUGCAGAAUUCCAAUUUGAAAAGCUUCAAAAUUAAACACGACAUUUCGGUUGGAACAUUGGCGAUUUCUGCGAACAUGCAUGGUCAUCUGUUUCCAAAUAGUUCAUCAGUUUCGAUGCCCCCAAAUAUCCAGAUGCUGGCCAGUUUGACUGUCCAUGGAUCGUUUUUGCUGGAACAUUGGAAGCCUGGAACACUCUUGUUCGAUGUGAUGUUAUCAGCCGUAACUGGUUCAACGAAUGUUUUUAAUAAGAAGCUUGUUUUCCGAGGACACCACGUUGAAAUUGAGAAGUUACGAAACGAAGGCAAAAUUUUCAGCAAGAGCUGCAAUUUUGUCAAUUUGCUAAUGGACUCAGUGAAGAGAAGACAACCCAAUCUCGUAUUCAGCAGUCUCGGAAAAACGUUCAGGGAAGUGGUUUGUCUUGGAUCAGUGGCAUCUAAUGAUUUAGUUACCGCAACGCUGGUGAAUGGAAUCGAUGUAAUUCAUUUGAAUAGGAGCAUUCACUCAGUUGGUCACCACCAGGAAAUGAUUAAAUCGACAAAGUACUUUGAAGAAGAAGUGAAGGUUGUGCAGUUGCUCUGUCAUGACCAACUGGUGGACGGUAUUUAUCCUAGCAAUUUGGACCUUUACUCGGACGCAAGCCAGAUGGUCAAGAAACGGUAUCAGUUUGAAAAACCCAUUUCGGUCAUCGGGAAUUUGUACGUCGAUGCAAUCAACGAUUUCUCGUUGCAACACUUCCUGGCGACUCGCGUGGUGAAAAAUAGGACGUAUACGCAGGAAUACCAUCAGGAAAAGUCUCAACAAGUAACAGGAUUUAUCACAUUUUCGAACCUGGUUUUAUCCGGUGAAUACAACACAGUUCACGUAGUCAACGGUAUUCCUGUAAGCGAGAUUGUAUCCAGAUCGUCCAAUGAGCAUCAGGUUAUGGUUGAGACAAAGCAUUUGACAGGCACCAUUCAGCUUAUUGGACCUACAUCGGUCAUGAAGUGUAACAACGUCUCUUUGUUGGAUGCAUACAAAUCUAGCUUUAAAGCCAAUUCUGCAGAGAUUGCUUUCAAAGACUUGAUUUUUAAUUCUAAUGGUGUUUUGCAAAAUGGUUUGACCAUUGAAAACAAGCUGAAUGGAGUAUCAGUGCAGAAAAUGAUGAAGCUUCGGCUAUCGUCGGUAGAGGAGCUGCUGCCAUUGAUUCCAAUAAUCCGAGAGCAGAUAUCGGUCUCCAAUAGAGCAUACCUAACCAACAAACCAAAGGAUUUACACAUGUUGUACAUAGAAAAUAUUCCGCUGGAUGAAAGAGGCACCAUGGUCGGAAAGAGCGAAGGUCAACGGACCAAUGAAGCAUCUGAUACUGUUAAUUUCGAGAAAUCCUGCAGUAAUGGCAUAUAUCGUUUCAACGUUACUAUUCGGCAGAAAUCGUCCAACGGAGAUAUAAGUUCUGCCAGAACCGUAUUGGAUGGAGUGAUGAUAAAAUCCGAUUGGAUGGAAAUAGCAAAUAACGGCGAAAUACAAACAAUAGUCGUGUCACAAGUCGAAAAGAAUGCCAAGUACUUCCUACUUCUUUACGUCAAUCGCAAUGGAGAACUCAGUGUUCAACAGGAACUUCCAUUAAGCUCAUCGGCGGCUGUAUUCUACUUCGUACACGUAAACGAUUCAGCACUUUUGCUGGCAGUAUCAGAUUCACACCCCCUUCAACUGGGCCAUUUGGCACCGAAACUCAAACUAUUCCGCUAUGAUCCGGAUGUAAUGCGCUUCGUACAUUUCAAAACGCUCAGUGGCCAUUACAAUGACGUUGUUGCUAUCGAUGUCGAGGACGUUAUAAUGUUUGCAGUUUCAGAGCAAGGUUCUAACAUGGUGGAAAUAUUUGUGCUGGACCGUUCCUACUCGGCGUUAUUCCAAAAGCUUAUCUUCGAUUCGACUUUGGCGUCAAUGAAAGCGUUCAAAUUACAAGGAUCCCCAGUUCUACAGAUAUCAACGGUCGAUAAUUUGGUCUACGUUUACAAUUACAGUAUUCUUGAGGGCUGGCGGCAGUUGUCGUACGGCAGGAUUCCGUCUGACGUGAACUAAGCUGUUUCUUAUUAAAUUUUAUCAUUUUAAAUGAUAUUUUCUAUGUUUAUUGUGUUAUUCAUGUUGUGAAUAUUUUGUUCUAGUAUUUGUAGUUAGCAAUAUUGUGUUCUAAAAAAUAUUUCUUCACCUUCACUUAAGCCGUAUACCACUCAUAUGAUUAUCUAGGGCAAUUAAAAUUGAGUCAACUUUA